AGUGGUGAAAGUCGCGUCCCGGUCGCCUGCCGCGCGGCCGGAUGAGGGGCGUGAUGGACCCGGAGCCCGAGCUCGAGCUGUUGCUGCAGGAGGCCCGCGAGAACGUGGAGGCGGCACAGAGCUACCGGCGGGAGCUGGGCCAGCGGCUGCAGGGUCUGCGGGAGGCGCAGAGGCAGAUCAAAGAGAGUGCAUCACAGACAAGGGAUGUGCUCAAACAGCACUUUAAUGACUUAAAGGGAACCCUUGGGAAGCUCCUGGAUGAGCGAUUGGUGACACUUUUGCAACAGGUGGACGUCAUUGAACAGGAGACCAUUAAACCACUGGAUGACUGCCAGAAGCUCAUAGAACAUGGAGUUACCACUGCAGAGGACCUGGUCCGAGAAGGUGAGAUUGCCAUUCUUGGUGGGAUAGAAGAACAGAAUGAAAAACUGUGGAGCUUUGCCAAAAAGGCUUCCCACAUCCAGUUGGACAGCCUACCAGAAGUGCCUUUACUGGUUGAUGUGCCAUGUUUAUCUGCUCAGUUGGAUGAUUCAGUUCUUAACAUAGUGAAAGACCACAUUUUUAAGCAUGGGACAGUAGCAUCUCGCCCACCAGUACAGAUAGAAGAACUAAUAGAAAAACCUGGAGGCAUCAUAGUUCGGUGGUGUAAGGUGGAUGAUGACUUUACAGCCCAAGAUUACAGGCUCCAGUUUCGUAAAUGCACUUCAAAUCAUUUUGAAGAUGUCUAUGUAGGUUCUGAAACUGAAUUCAUAGUAUUGCACAUAGACCCCAAUGUCGAUUACCAGUUCAGAGUCUGUGCCCGUGGAGAUGGCCGGCAAGAGUGGAGUCCUUGGAGUGUCCCCCAGAUAGGCCAUUCCACACUGGUGCCACACGAGUGGACAGCUGGCUUUGAGGGGUACAGUCUGAGCAGUCGAAGAAAUAUAGCCCUCCGGAAUGAUUCAGAAUCGUCUGGUGUUCUGUACUCAAGCGCUCCAACCUACUUCUGUGGGCAGACCUUGACAUUCAGAGUUGAAACUGUGGGUCAGCCGGACAGAAGAGACAGUAUAGGAGUGUGUGCAGAAAAGCAAAAUGGAUGCGACUCUCUGCAGCGGGAUCGAGCUGUGUGCAUCAGUACAAAUGGUGCCGUCUUUGUCAAUGGAAAAGAAAUGACUAAUCAGUUGCCUGCAGUUACUUCAGGAUCCACCGUCACCUUUGACAUUGAAGCUGUGACUCUUGGAACCACCAAUAAUAAUGAAAGUGGAAACUUCAAGCUCCGAGUGACUAUUAGCUCAAAUAACAGAGAAGUAGUUUUUGAUUGGUUACUUGAUCAGUCUUGUGGUUCUCUUUAUUUUGGAUGCUCCUUUUUCUAUCCAGGAUGGAAAGUUUUGGUGUUUUAAAAGUUUGGAUAUAUGACUUUGAUUUGCAGGGUUUACUGUAGCUAUCUUCAUUGUGGUUAUAGCUGAUUUUUUUUUUUUUUUUUGGUCGGUCGUGGGGCUUGAACUUUGGGCUUGGGUGCUA